AUGUUUGUAUUUAUUAUAUUUUUCAUAACAAUAAAUUCCAUCCAUUCGUCUAUACGUACUAUUGAUGAUUGUCAAUUGUUGAUUAUUGGUGGUACAACAUCAGCAUUAGGUGCUCUACUAUCAGCUUCAAAAAUUCUUAAUACACCUACAUGUUUACUUGAACCAACUGAUUGGAUUGGUGGACAAUUAACAGCUGAACUUCUAAGUGCACCUGAUUUUGCUUAUCACAUUAUAAAAGAUAAGGAUACUAAUUUUACUCUAAAUGUUGGUUCUAUUGAUCGACAAUUAAAUAAUCAAAAUCCACUUUUUGUAAAAAUGCUUAAUAUUCUUGGAAACACUGGUCAUUGUUGGGUGUCACCAAAAUGUUCUAUUCCUGAAUUAUUUCAUUCUCAAGUCAUAUUACCAUUAGUUAAUAAUACUCGUAUAUUCUAUAAUACUGUUAUUAAACAUAUUACUAAAGAUUCAAGUAAUCGUCGUAUAAUACAAAUAGAUGCAAUACAACGUUCUAAACGACAGACAUCUUCUGAACAUUGUCGAUUUUUAUCUGAAGAAUUACCUGAUUGGUAUUCAAAAGAAGAUAGUUUAUGGUUUACAAAAAAUGAAUUAUCAUUUAGAAAUAUAUCAUUUGUAAUUGAAGGUAGUUCAUGGGGUGAAGUAUUAGUAUUAUCUAAUGCAAGUUAUAUACAAGGUUUAAUGGAAGAAUUCGACGGUGAUACGUCAGGUAUUGGAAAUUCAACAUGUGGUCAAUCAUUUACAUUUGAUUUUCUUGAACAACUACGUGAGACACCUGUCGAUGAAUUACCUAAUCCAUUACCUGAACCAACUGGAGGAGCAAAUUAUUCAUUUGAACAUUUAACAUGGGAACGUAUAUGGACAUAUAGAAGAGUAAACACAUCUGCACCGAAUUCAGACAUAGUUGCAGUCAAUGAUUUAACAAUACAGAAUUGGUCGGAAGGUAAUGAUUAUCGAAAGGAAUACUUUUUUCUAUCUCCAUCUGAUACACAACAUCAACGUGAUACUAAUCAAUGGCAAGGUGGAGUCAAUUUAGAUGCUAUUGAAAAUGCUGAAAGAUUAGCUUAUGGUUAUCAUUAUUGGUAUCGAAAAAAUGCACCAACACAAUGGACAAAUCGAACAGUUCUCAUACGAUCGAUUUCAGCAGCAGGUACGUGUCAUGGUCUAGCAAAAAUGCCUUAUUUACGAGAAUCACGUCGAUCAAUUGGUUUUGAAAAUUUUCUUAUGAAUAUUACAACUAUUAGUGGUUAUGCACGUAAUUUACAUGGAUAUAUUUUUGAUGAUCGUUUAUGUAUAGGUGCUUACAAUGUUGAUAUUCAUUCUAUGGUCCAAUGUACUUAUCCAUCAUAUAUGCAUGAAUCCUAUUCAAUACUUCCUUACUAUAUACCUUUACGUGCAAUGACUAAUCGAGAUAUUGAUAAUUUAAUUGUAAUUGGUAAAACAAUGGCACAAACAUUUUUAGUUAAUUCAGCAACUCGUUUGCAUCCAGUCGAAUUUUCCAUAGGACAAGCAGCAGGUGUAGUUGGAACAUAUGCAGUUCAGAAUAAUUUACAAAAUAUAACUGAAAUACUCAGAGAAGAACAUUUAAAACGUGUGCAAUCAAUUGUAAAGGAAUUUACUCCAACAUCAUGGACAAUCAAUGGAACACGAUAUCCAGAUGAUUGA